GAGGAAUGAGUGACAAACUUAAUUCUCAACUGUGGCACGACCCCCUGGCUGAUAGAUAUUAUCACAUAAUCGAUGGCGAAGGCAAUGUACAGUGCAAGAAGGAUGGUUCCCCUAUCAUUAAAAAUAGAUUCGGCCAAGCACGAUGAAGUCUAGAAAGAAGCCUUCAUAAAACUUUGAAAUAAAGUAAGAAUGCCAAUGGACUCUGAGACUAUCCAAAGAAAUAAAGAAGAGAAAUUCAUCAUGCCCUGAUUCACUAAAGGAGGAAAUAAAAAUAAUAAGUCUAAGAAUGGGUUGGGAGAUAAGAACAAAAGAGAUAUCCAGAUUGGUAGAUUCUCCAACCUGAAGCUUUGUAGAGGCAAAAGCAGGAGUAAACGGGAGGGAGGAUUUGAAACUUCUUUUAAGAGAAAAGCCUAUGAAGUUCUGAAUACAAAAUCAGCUGAGUUCCGAGCUAUUCAUAAUGCAUCUACAUUGACAGUUGAGGAUAGACUAUCGAAAGAAGGAUGAAGCAUGUUCUUGACUGCAUCAAAAGAUGCCACAAAUAAGCGAGAUUUAGGCAUUAAAAUGCCUGAGUUGCCAAGUACAAGAAGAAAUAAAGAGAUUACUUCAACAACUCUUAAUUCUAAGAAGGGAUCUUACUUGCCACUCCAAGUUUAUGAGGGACGCAAUAAUGCUAAUCUAUCGAAUAAGUUUAAAACAGAAGAGAGGAUAUCAUAUUUUAAGGAGAAGAUUAGCCAGAUUAGAUUUGGCAAGACUAAGGUUGGAAAAACUCCAGGGAUUGUGAUUAAGAACAAAGUUACUAAAAUCCCUAUUCCUCUUGUAAAUCUCUUUAAGAAGAGAAAUAACUCAGAUAGCAAGAAAAAGAUAGAUCUAUCAAUCCAAAGUGAGCAAAAGAUCUUUCCUCGGAAGAACUCCUCUGUGUUUAAGCCUUAUCAAAAUACAAAUCCUUUGAAGUCCUUUUUAGAGAGGGAUUAUGCCAAAGACAGAGAGCGGACUAUCAGUUCUAUCUCUUCUGAAGAGAUUUAUAACCCUAUUAGUCCUCCUCAUAUUCUGGAAUCAGCUUUGAAGGACCAGGACAGGUCUAUAAAUUCGGUUCAAAAAGUAUUGAACUGUAUAAAUGUCAAAGAUGGACAAAAAAUUUGUCUUGAGAAGGCUAAAGGAAGGGUUGAUAGACUAGGAUGCAUGAAUAGUAGGGAGACAGGAUCGAAGGAGGGUAAAUAUGAGAGGAUAGUGAAGAUGAAGAGGAAGGAAUAUGAAGAGUGGGAUAGGAAGGUACUGGAAAGACAUAGGAAGGUUAGGCUGAGAGAGCAAGAAAAGUGGUUGAAGAAGAUAAUAGAGAGGAAUAAAUUUAAAGAGAAAGGAGUUUAGAU